CACCCAACGAAAACAGAUUCCUGAAUUCCCAUAGAAUUGUUUUCUCUCUCUAGAUUUUUCUCCUUUUCUCUCUCUUAAACCCUACAAGCUUAAAUCUCCCCCCAUUCUGUGAUUUUUUUUGCGUCUGCAUUUUGGCUUUGGUGUCAAGAAUUAUACAAAUUUUUCUCAUCCUGCCAUGGGGUUGAUGUUGGAAAAUGGCGUUGCAAACGACGCCGUUUAUGUCCCUCCCUCCAACUUCUCCAUGGUUGAAGAGAACAUCUUCAGAUCUGGCCUCCCCAGCCCCAUCAAUUUCCCCUUCCUCGAAACCCUGAAUCUUCGAUCCAUCAUAUACUUGUGUCCUGAGCCAUAUCCGGAAGAAAACUGCAAAUUUCUUCAAUCUCAGAAUAUCCGCCUCUUCCAGUUUGGCAUUGAAGGAAAGAAGGAGCCUCCUGUGGCUAUGUCCACGGAUACCAUCUCAGAGGCUUUGAAAGUCUUAAUGGAUGUGAGAAAUCAUCCCAUUCUGAUCCAUUGCAAACGCGGAAAGCACCGGACAGGCUGUCUUGUGGGUUGUUUGAGAAAAUUGCAGAAUUGGUGUUUGUCUUCUGUGGUUGAGGAGUACCAGCGCUUUGCAGGAGCAAAAUCGAGGAUCAACGAUAUGAAGUUCAUCGAGACAUAUGACAUAUUAAGUAUGAGGCAAAGCCUUUACAGCAUCAUCUACAGGUACCAAGGGUAUGGGUCGAACAAGAGGAGGUUGCUUUACAGAGGAGAAGAGAAUGUGCAUAAGGCAAGGUUAGCCUCAAUUUAGCAGGAGAAGAGGAAGAUGGUGGUGGUACAUUUCCUGGUUAGGGUUAGGUUACAUUACAUAUAAUACUUGUUCAUUCAUCUCUCUCCCCCCUUUAGAAGCAACCCUCUGUAACUGAUAUUCAACCCACAACUACCUACAUUGUUUUUGGUUUUUGUCACUGGGUGGUUGUUCUAAUUCCUUUUUAGGGUUUUUCAUAUUUGUGGUUGUUUCAGAAACCACAUAUUGUUACUGAGAAAUGGUUCAUUUUUUUUCUUUUCUUUUCUUUUUGAUACCAUAUACAAGAAGAACAAGUUGAAUAAAAAACUAGUUCAAUC